AUGGCCUUUCAUCCCACUACAAAUGGCAGCAGCAGCACCACAAAUACCACCAACAUGGCCUGUCAUCCCACUAUAAAUGGCAGUAGCACCACUAAUCCCAACAACAUGGCCUGUCUACCCUCUGCAAAUGGUAGAAGCAGCAGCACUAAUCCCACUAUCAUGGGCUGUCAUUCCCAUACAUCUGGCAGCAGCAGCACCAGCACAACUAAUACCACCAAUAUGGCCUGUCAUCUCCCUACAAAUAGUAGCACCAUCACUAAUCCCACAAACAUGGCCUGUCAUCCCCCUUUAAAUGGCAGCAGCAGCACUAAUCCAACCAACAUGGCCAUUCAUCCAACUACAAAAGACAGCUGCAGCACAACUAAUCCCACCAACAUGGCUUGUCACCCCCUACAAGCAGCAGCAGCACCACUAAUCCUACCAAAUGGGCCUAUUGGCUGCCUAGAAAUGGCACCAGCAGCACUACUAAUCCCAACAACAUGGCCUGCCAUCCCCCUACAAAUGGCAGCAUUAGCACAACCAGUCCCACCAAUAUGGCCUGUCAUCCCCCUACAAAUGGCAGCAGCAGCACCACUAAGCCCACCAACAUGGCAUGUCAUCCCCCUACCAAUGGCAGGAGCAGCACCACCACUAAUCCCACCAUGUCCUGUCAUCCCCCUACCAAUGGCAGGAGCAGCACCACUACUAAUCCCACCAUUUCCUGGAAUCCCCUACCAAUGA